AUUAAUGAUUAAACUUUGUAUUCAAUUUAAAAGAAAAGUCUGUUCGCUUUGAAAAAAUCGAGUUUAAAAUUUAAAGGUAAUAAUGAAAAAAAUAUAUCGAAAUAUUUUGUUAACCGUUACUUUAGCGUUAACGCUUUUUGGUUUUAUUUGUGUUAUAUGUGGAUUAUUUGGAAACUCAUGGUGGCAACAAGAUGAGAAAAAUACUAUGGGGCUUUGGAAAACAUGCUCAUCUGAAAAUGGUUGCUUAACAAGAGAAAGCACUCUUCGAUUUACAGAUGCUGAUUCAAGAGAACUGGAUUCCAUGAUCAUAGCUUUAAUAGUGGCAGUUGCUUCUAUAUUAUUAACCGUAGCAUCAUUAAUGUACAUGAUGGCGUACAGAAAAAAUCCUGAAACUUGGAAUUGUGGAACGAUACUACUGACUCUUUUUACUUUUAUAAGUGCCGCAGCAUGCCUUUCAACUCUAAUAUUUGCCGAGACGCGAUUUAAAGAAACUUUUCAAAUAUACAAACACGGUUGGUCAGUAAUACUUGCUUGGCUCGGAGCUAUUUUCUUGAUUUUGUCUUUUGCGUGUGCAAUUGUAUUGUUAUGCACUAAAACUAAAGAAGUAACUCGUCCAAUUGACUACACGCGGAGACCAUCUAGUCAAAAUGUAUUAGAUAAUUUAGGUUAUGUUCAUGAUGACUAAUUCGUACAAGACAUGAACACGAUGAACAUAAGUCAAAAUUGUUGACUGCAAUGAAUAAAACAACUUUAAAACAUAUAUUGGAGUCAAAUAUGUGCAAAGUUAUUUCAAUGGUUCAGUGAUUUCAUAUUGCUAUUAAUAUAUUAUGUUUGUUUGAAACUGUAAAAUAUGGUAAUUUAAAAAAGUCUAAAGGCAUCAAAUA